CCCAGCCUUAUUUAAACAUCGCCACUUUCUGUUCCAUUAACCUGACAUUUUAAUUUUAAGAGCACAGACGUUACAGCACAGUGAACUUUAAAACCAAACUGCUUAGUGAAUCCUGAGGCAAUAUGAAGCUGGCACUGGCUCUUGGCAUUGCAGCCAUCCUUGGAAUCGCACAGUAUAAUGGCGGUGAAUGUUCCAAAAUUGUUGGUGGAGUUGAGGUGAAACCACACUCGAGACCUUUCAUGGCUUAUUUUUCCAAAGGAUGUGGAGGGGCUUUGAUUAAAGAGGAUUGGGUGCUGACAGCUGCCCACUGUUUCUCGUGUGAUGCACAUGUGGUGCUUGGUGCUCAUUUUGUGGCUGGACAUGAAAAACAGCAGCAGAAGCUUCUGAUCUCUAACAUAGUCAUGUACCCCGGAUACAGCUCUGUAACUAAUAACAAUGACAUCAUGCUCGUUCAGCUAAAUAAAAAAGCCAUACUGAAUAAAUAUGUUAGUCUCCUUGAGCUGCCUGCUUCUGGCGAGGAUGUGAAAAAUGGGGAGAUAUGCACAGUGACUGGAUGGGGUAACACUCAGUCUUCCGAAAACAUGUUGAGAGUUCUCAGGGAGGUUAAUGUCACGGGUAUAAACAGAGAAUUGUGUAACACCCCUGACUACUACAAUGGAAGAAUAACUGAUAACAUGUUUUGUGCUGGGGAAAAGCUUGGAGGAAAAGAUUCUUGUCAGGGGGAUUCUGGAGGCCCAAUCAGGUGUAGCGGAAUAUACAGAGGGAUUGUGUCAUUUGGCGAUGGUUGUGCCCUCCCGAUGAAACCUGGUGUCUACACUCUUUUAACUGAUGAAUACCUGGAUUGGAUUAAAAAAACAAUAUCCACCUGAACAGGGGAUUCUGGAGGCCCAAUCAGGUGUAGAGGGAUUGUGUCAUUUGGCGAUGGUUGUGUCCUCCCGAAGAAACCCGGUAUCUACACUCUUUUAACUGAUGAAUACCUGGAUUGGAUUAAAAAAAACAAUAUCCGCCUGAACAGUAAUUCUUUUUAUGAAUUCAGAAAAAUCUUAUGCUUUUCUUUCUUUUGUGUGCUAAAUUUCAUAGUUUGAAUACAGUGAACUUAUCUUACAAGACAGGAAAACAACUUCAAAAACAGUCACCAUGUAACAUCAGCCAUUUAAAGAUCAUAACUAAAAAUAUGUUUACAUUUGCUUGUAGUUUAUUUGUCCAAGUCUUUCAACUGCAAUAUAUAAACAGCAUUAAUCUUUUUUGCAA